CUCAUUCACAUCAUCAGCUAGUGGUGUAUACGACCGCAAGAAUGGUCUACAAUGCCAUCUGGCAUCCACUAAGAAAGAUACCGGGUCCCCUCCUCCACCGCAUCACUCCAAUCCCCUGGCUCAUCAGCUGGAUCAGUGGCAUGAGCCACGUCACCCUACUCCAGCUCCACGAGCAGUACGGCCCCGUGGUCCGAACCGCCCCCAACCAAGUCUCUUUCAUCAGCGACACGGCCCAGCAACAGAUCUACGGCGCGGAGGCCAUUGGGCGGGACCCUCAACGCUUCGCGCGAUUCAUCGAAGGCGAACAAGACAUCGCCAACUAUGAGCAUGAGUCCGAUCACCGACGGUUCCGCAAAGCGAUAUACCAAGCAGUCACUGGCCCGGCUUUGUCGACGCAUGAUGGGGUCAUUCGCCGCAACGCGUCGGUCUUUCGGGAACGACUCGACGCGGCCGUGGUGGGAGGCGGUGGUGAGGGUCGAGUGGAUAUGACCAAGCUAUACAGCUGGCUAACGUUCGACCUGGCCGGCGAUUUGAUUUGGAGGGAGCCUUUUGGCUGCUUGGAGGACAUGAGAACGCAUCCAUGGCUCGCGGCGAUGGAAUUCAUGAGCCUCGGGACCUACUUUCGCCUGGUUGGCGUUUCUCCUCUGCUGCAGAAGCUGAUCUGGGCGAUGAUCCCCAAGCGCUUUCGCGACUAUCCCCGCCAGGUCAUACAGGCGAAGUGUGAGAGCAGUAGCCGCAAUAGCAAAGAUGCAGGGGAGAGCGUGUUCUGCCUCAUGCGCCAGCGCAAGAUCCUUUCCCCGACGGAGAUGAACGCCAACCUGAUGGUGCUGGCUGUCGCCGGUAGUGUGACUGUUCAUUCUACUGUCUUGGCCGCCACAGCCUUCCUGGCGGUGCAUAGACAGUGCGAGGAUCGCGCGAGGGAGGAGGUGCGGGCGGCGUUUGCGCGGGAGGAGGACAUCGCCCACCCUGAAGUCACGAACCUGCCCUAUCUAAACGCGGUCAUCAUGGAAGCCUUCCGGCUGUGUCCCGCCCAGCCCACUUCAGGGCCGAGAAGGACAAUCAUUCGAGCCCCCCAAUACUGCAGCGGAAGAUACUCUCGGUUCUUUCGGGGCCCACACGAGUUCCAUCCCGAACGUUGGCUCGAUAGCUCGGAAUACAGCUUAGAUGAUAAAAGUGCAGUACAUCCGUUCCUGCUGGGUCGGCAGAGCUGCCCGGGCCGGCAGCUGGCCGAGAUGGAGAUGACCCAUGUUCUGGCCAGGAUGCUGUGGGCGUUUGACUGGCAGCUGGAAGAACCGGACUUCGACAUCAGUUCGUGGCGAAGCAGCAUGGUCUGGGAAGUUCCACCUCUGCCCUUACGACUGACUCGAUUCGGAGCAGCCAGGGAGUGACCGACGUGUUUUGGCCGAGGUUGAUUCCUCAUCAUCUUGCGGCAAAGGUGAUAUCACGCUCGGCUGUUUAAAUAUUACACGAUUGGGAUAAGUUGGGGAAGGGAUAUCCCACGUUGGCAGUUCGUGCUGACUAUUAUGGUUGAGAGAGCGG